AUGCAGCCCACUACCCCAAAGAUCAUUUGGGAUGAAUAUGAUGACGAGGACUAUAAUCCCAUUUGGGAUGAAGAACUUGUCAAAGAGAAUGAAGAAGUGUUUGAAGACGCAGAGGAUAACCCGUUUUGGGUUACAGAGAUGAAAGAAGAAGAGCAAGACGAGAAGACCCACGAGGAAGUCGUCACAACCUCCGCUGGAGACCUAUCUUCGUUAACGGUACCUUGUACCAAACGUGUUGAGUUUGUUGAGUUUUUGCAGGUCCCGUAUAAAGGGAGGAUUGAGAAGAGUCGUGACUCGAAAUGGUCCAUUCAGCCCGGCGACCUAGUAUGGGUUCACAUUCAUAAGGCGCGUUUAUUUAAUAAACCCAAGUCAAAGCUACAACCCCGAGACGAUGGCCCGUUUGAAGUGUUGACAAAG